UUUUCUCUCUCUACCCAAAUCUCUCUGCUCAGUGCUCUCUCUCCUCCACAGAGCUCCAGUCUCUACCUCCAUUGUUAGGGCAUCUGAAUAGCCGCUUGAGCAACGAUUCUUUGUGUCUAAAGAAUUCAUCUAUCCAAGUUUCCGGAGAAAUUGAUGGGAGGAUGAGAAAUUUUCGGUUUUCUCUGCUUAAAUUUCGAAUUUUAUGAGUGUUUCUAGGUUUUUCUUCACAAGGUGGUCCUGAGAGUGGGAAGACGAGGAGAAUGCCGGCACAUAAGUCGAAAUCGGAGAAGAGAGAAGAUUCCAGUCCUCCGCGGAGGGAUCCUUAUGAGGUCCUCGGAGUCAACAAGUACUCAACAGAUCAGGAAAUCAAAACCGCCUACAGAAAAUUAGCUUUGAAGUACCAUCCUGACAAGAAUGCAAAUGACCCUAAAGCAGCUGAUAUUUUCAAGGAAGUCACAUUUUCAUAUAACAUUUUGUCUAAUCCAGACAAAAGGCGUCAAUAUGACUCUGCUGGUUUUGAGGCCGUGGAGUCUGAUAACCAAGAUAUGGAGUUGGACCUUUCAAGUUUGGGACCUGUAAAUACUAUGUUUGCUGCGCUAUUCAGUAAGCUUGGGGUACCAAUUAAAACUGCUGUCUCAGCCACUGUCUUGGAGGAAGCAUUAAAUGGCUCAGUGUCCAUUCGUCCCCUUCCACUUGGGCAGCCCAUCUGUAGGAAGGUAGAAAAGCAGUGUGCUCACUUCUAUUCUGUUACAAUCACAGAAAAGGAAGCAAAGGGAGGCUUUGUUUGCAGGGUGCAGUCAUCAGAUAAAAGCAAGUUCAAGUUAUUGUACUUUGAUCAAGAAGAAAAUAGUGGACUGAGCCUUGCACUGCAGGAGGAUAGUGCGAAGACUGGAAAAGUCACUUCUGCUGGGAUGUAUUUUUUUGGAUUCACUGUUUAUCACAUGGAUCCAGCACACAGCUCGAUGGCAGCUGCAAAGGAUCAAGACUCUGCUUUAUUUAAGAAACUAGAUGGGUUUCAGCCAUGUGAAAUAACUGAACUAAAACCUGGAACACACGUAUUUGCAGUAUAUGGUGACAAUUUUUUCAAAAGUGUAAGCUACACCAUUGAAGCUGUUUGUGCCGAAACUUUUGCGGAGGAUAAAGAGAAUCUAAAAGCUGUAGAAACUCAAAUUUUAUCAAAGAGGGUGGAGUUGUCCAAGUUUGAAACAGAAUAUCGAGAGGUUCUUACACAGUUUACAGAGAUGACUAGUAGAUACGCCCAAGAAAUGCAAGCAAUUGAUGAGCUUCUUAAACAGAGGAAUGAAAUACACGCCUCAUAUACAACUGCUCCCCCGAUGAAGCGGAGCAGCAGUGGUCGUAGCAAAAGUAGUAGCGCCUCCAAGGAGUCCAACGAAGGCAGCCCAGUAAGACCGAAGAAAUCUACAAAGGAACGACUGAAGAAGAAAAAAUGGUACAACAUUCACUUAAAGGUGGACAAAAGGAAGCCUUGCUAAGCACGGUGAGAGCUUUUGCCCUUUGCCACUAAGUCAAUAUAUGGGCUUUUCUUUUUCCAAAACACGUCCCACUAUUUGUGUUUGUCAAGCACAGGAGAUCUCAACUAGUUCUCUGUUUUUCCGGUUAUUAGUCUUGUCCAAGCAAUGAGCCCGUUGCUGGUCUACACAAAAGUAAGCUCCGGUUUCCAUCAACAGUGCGUUAUUGAAUACUGGUAUGUCGUGUAAUGGUCCUAUACUCCUACAUGUGAAGCAUCGUCACACGUUAUUGUAGAAUUCUUCCCUCUGCAUUCUUUUGUUAGCCAUAUUGCCUGUUUAUGGAUUCCAUUAUUAAUCGGAAGUUAUUUUUUUUUAAAAAA